ACGUCUCAUAUCGAAUAUUUUAUUCGACCGCCGUGCAAGUAAAUCAAUUUUUGCUCCGCCGUCGUGCUGUAUCUGUGGAUUUGGUUUUCUUAUUUUUUAUUGUUUUCAACUUUGUAUGGAUCCGUGAAUGCUAGCAAACGCAGGAAUGGAAAAUUGUUGUCCCUUUGGUGUUAGAAGAUAGAUUUUCAGUGUUCAUAACUUAGAGUUAAAGCGUGGUGCAAAGGCGUCGAAAGAAACUAGAAGGUGUAUUUGGGCAAACUCUAGCAAGUGCACUUGAGCCUGGGACAAAGUGUGAAUGGUGCCCAGGUCAGUGUUCCAGAGUGCUUUCAAUUCAAGUGGCAAAAAAGGGUGGAGAGUGAAGCUGUAGAAAUCUGCAUUCUGCAGCGAGCAAAAUCCAAAGGAAAAUAUGCCUCCCUUGCCGUACUGAGCGGGACAGUUCGAUUAGCAGGGUAUGUGGAAUAUGUGUAUUUUUUCCUAGCCAGAAAAUUUCCCCCCGUGUUGUGUUGUGUGUCUUCGGUUCCAACGAAGCGAUAAGGAUUGCUGGUUAUUCUUCAUACUCUAGCGGAAAAGCAAAGUGAGAGGAUGAGAUUUGUGAAUGUGACGAGCCAAAAAUCCGAGGUAAAGAAAAUUAGGGCGGUGAGUUUUACCAUCCGCUGUUACUGCGUGUACACCAAGAUUUGUGCUCCGAAAGCAUGUUGAUUGAAACUUAUCCCGCAGUUGGGGUAGUAUGUUAUCAAUGUCGUCGAGUGUCGGAUGUCGAACAACAGUUUUCUACUUUCAUCAAGCAUACCGAACAACGAAAAUGUGGGAAAAUAUAGGAUAAAAAAAAGUUUUAUGCAAAUUUACGCUCCAGAAAACAGCAAACUAGAAUGAAAAUUCAUGCAGCAAGCUGAACUACAGGGAAGCUGCCGUAGUGCCGACCCCAUCGCAUGUUCGAUUGUCAUCAGCGUCGCACACGACCCGAAAGCGAGUAGAUCUAACUGUUAAGCAACGGUACAUUGCACACAGUUGCGCACUAGAUUGUUGACCAGGAUCAAGAGUAGUUCACCAGUCCGUUUACCGAGGAGAUGCAUUUUUGGAUUGAUAAGCGCUCACAAGCUUGUGGUUUCGGCAGAGCGCGGGUGGCAGCUUCUCUUUCUGGUGGUGGCGGGUUGGGCUUUGGGCAUCCCAGAAGAAUACCCAGAAAAUCAAUGGUUACCCCAAUACAUCGGUUUCAAACGGUCGACUGUACAAGACCACAUCCCUAUCGCCACCAACAACAGCAACAGCAGCAGCAAUCACAGUCGCAAACUAAUAAUAGUCAUCAUCAACACUAUCAUCACAGCCAACAACCGCAGCAGCAAAGUAGCAAUAAUCAAUCGCACAUUCAACACCACCAAGCACAGUUGCAUAGCAGUGGUCACUAUAAUCAGCAUAACAGCUUACUUCCAGCGUCGACGCUUCAAUCGCAGCAGCCGUCUCAGAAUCAUCAUCUGCUGCAGCAGACGUCACAUCAUCAACAGCUGCAACAUGCAGCCAAUUUUCACGUUCCAGUCGGAGUGAAUCACAUUUACAGCAAUUCUUCUCCACAAGCGAAUGCAAUCGAAAUCGAUCACACCGCUGGUUCGCUCGGAAUUGGGGCACUUAGCCAGCAGAUACCACACAUCGGACAGGAUGCUCAACUCCUGCCAGCGCAUCUCAAAUGCGGCAUGUGGGCUUCACUCGCUCUGGCAACCGUGUUUGUGGCCGGAGCAAAAUUUUAUUUUGACCAUCAAGGAACUGGUCUGGAAGUGCUCAUAUUCUGUGCAUUUUCGGCGACCUUUUUCUUAGCAGCGUGCACAGUUUCUCUCUGCCGACGUCCAAGGGACCUGCAGAUUUCUGCCAACAAUGUGAUAUCGGAGACCAUCUCCAAUGGGGAACAGAAUUCCCUUCAGAACAAUCCGGACCUAGUGAAUAGCCAUCCGUCACCACUGCUAAACGGCAGCGCUGGUGGAACAAAUCCGCAAAAUUCGCUGGCCCUAUUGGCGCCUCCGCCGCCAUACCAUAUUGCCAUUCUGUUGCCGGAAAGCACCAAGGAAACGGAUGAAACGCCGCCACCGUCAUACGAUAAAAUAGUGAUAUAAUGAUUAUCGUCAACCUUACUGAAUAUCGCACAAGUUACAACUACACACUCAACAGCUGAUGUGCAAAGUAUUCACAGCUGAUCGCUCUAAUAUAACCAUACGCAACUAAGGAGCCAGAAGGGAUCCGAAUAGUUUGAGCAGCACACAAUGGAAUGAAAAAUGGCCUAAAUUGAUCACGGUUCAACCGAAUUUGUUAUUUUAAUUGUUAAUUGUGACUUCUUGUAGAAGUAGCUAUUUCUGCUAAUUAUUUAUAAUUUAUAUUUUGAUUAUUUUUUUACAAUACAGAAUUAACCAUGCGCACUAACUUCACGUAUGAAUGCAAUAACAUUUUACUACUUCUGUCUAUAAAGUAUGCUCACCAACAUAUUUGAAUAGGUAUUGUGUACAUACAUGUUUCCAUUGGAUCUCAAUUAUGAAAAAAAUUAGUUGUGCUAUACUUUUAGUACGGUCUACUAUUAAAUAUGUUCUCUUGAUGUAAUUAAAUAUGCAGAUCUACUCAAUCCGGUUGUAUGCUAUCCCCUUAUAGUUAUCAAUUAUUUAAGAUGUUUGAACUGAAAAUAAUCAUUUCUAGUAGAUCCUAUUGUUUAAAAGUAGAUCGAACUUACGGCCAUACGUAAUCCUUCAGUUGAUUCUGUGAUUGUUCCCAUUCUAUUUUUAGCAUAUAGCUGUUCCAUUGUGUGCUUAGUUUCAUAUCUUUGUAGAAUAUCAGCUAAUUGAAACCAUUAAGCAAAUCAUUACAGUCUUAUAAUAAGUAGGGCCAACAUAGUGCUUCGGGUGAACAUUUUACCAUGUAAGACGGGUAGAGAGAAAAUAUAAUAACUAUUUUCGAAUCAAUUCACAUUUAUUAAAUACACCGAACUCUCGUAGUGACGAUGUACUUUCAUUCGAUGUUAUACUAAGGGCCAGGACAUUCAGUUGCGGAAACCUUUAAAUCAUUAAAUGCGGCAAAACAAGAGUUAGCCCAAAAAUAGAAUAUUGUAAUCAAUCAGUAAAAGACGAAGCUUGUGUACAUUUUUAUUUAGUUUUAGUACAACGUUUCAAUACGCCAUCAUGUUGAGGCACCAAGUGCCGUACAAAAUUUAACUAAGUUUAAAAUUAUUUGCGAUAUUGCAUGAGGAGUAUCGUAAUAAAUCCUUGUGACAAGGGGAUUUGCGGUGUACCAACAAUGAAGAUUAUACGUUAUUACAUGACAAGAGGAUAUGCUUAUAGUUUUAAUGCUGUUCCUUACGUGGCAGGCAGCAACAAGACAAUUGUGUUAGACUUAGAAUCGAGUAAUUAAAAUUUUAAUAAAUUUUAUGACCGAUGCCAA